CCCCGGGAGUGGGCGGGGCGAAGCGAAGCGAUCCUCCGCGAGGCUUGAGGCGGUGGACGUCGACUGCGCUGCUGCUGCUCUAGUUACUCUCCGCCUGCCUGUCAGCCGCCGUUGCCGGGAGGAAGAGGACCCCCAACUCCUGUCUGCACGAUGGCUGAACGGCCAGAAGACCUGAACCUGCCCAAUGCUGUCAUCACUCGCAUCAUCAAGGAAGCCCUUCCUGAUGGAGUGAAUAUUUCCAAAGAAGCCCGGAGUGCGAUCUCCCGAGCUGCCAGUGUGUUUGUGCUCUAUGCUACAUCCUGUGCCAAUAAUUUUGCAAUGAAGGGGAAAAGAAAGACGCUGAAUGCAGGAGAUGUUCUCUCAGCCAUUGAGGAAAUGGAGUUCCAGCGAUUUGUGAGCCCUUUAAAGGAAUCCUUAGAAGCUUACAGGCGUGAGCAGAAAGUCAAAAGAGGCGCCUCCGAACUGAAGAAAAAAGACAAAGACAAGAAGGAAGAUUCAGAGGGCACCGAGAAGGACCGAGAUGAUGAGCAUGAAGAGGAGGAGGAGGAGGAGGACAGGAUGGAGGAGGAGGAAGAGGAGGAGGAGGAGGAAGGCGACAGCUGAGUGGCUCAGGGGCAGGCUGCCCAGCCUGGGUGUCCCUUGCAUAAGGCAGGAAGGAAGCAAACCUCUUGUUCCAUAGUAAAGUGCCACACUGGUUUUAGGGAUGCCUCAUUGAAAGUAUCAGGCUGCCACUACUGCUCAGGACAAAGCCACUUCCCCGCCCCCCUGCCCCAUGGACCAAAUUGCUUGUGAUGCUGCAGAGGAUACUUUCCCCAUGCUUGCCCUCCCAAAAUGUCCUGGGUACCUGAUUAGCUGUAAGGGGCAGGCCUUUGGUAUUGAGGGAAAGAGAAGCAAAGCGCCAGCAGGUCCACCAAGCAUGAUGAAAUGGAUGUAAAUUAAAUGAGCCAACUUGGCUAAUGGCCUCUGAGGUUGACUUUGGUGUCUCUAGGCUAGUUGGGUUCAGAUUUGGGGUGUAGAAUGUUGUAGCUGUGGACAGGUGGGGCUUGCGUAAGAGAGCUGCGAGGCACUCCUUUGCUUGUGCACGUGCGUGCUCUCCCCCUCCCUCCCUCCCUCUCUCUGCACUUUCUCUUUUUGUAUGAGCAUCUCCCAGAGCUUGUCUUUCCCCAUGGCUCUUGGUUGCUUCUGUUUGUGAUUCAAGUGGACAUCUAUCAUCUGCUAUCCAAUGGCUUUUGUUUUGUGUUAAGCACUCAAUUUAGCUGAAUUUUGUUUAAGAAAAAAAAAUUCCAAACUGCUUAGGUCUUGACCAGUUUCUCAACUGUGGGACUGAGAGAGUCUUCAGGUGGUGUUCAAUGGUAAUGCUACUCAGAGUAGACCCACUAACAGACAUGACUGACUUAGGUUUAUUAAUUUCAGGAGGUCUACUUUAAGUUGGACUUAGUUAAAUGCAACCCUUUGUUCUCAUCACGUGUGUAUGGAGUGAGCAGUCUUUUUCAAUAAAUAUGACAACAAAAGUA